AUGGGCAAGUCCUCGCUGCUAAAUCUGUACCUGCUGGCCUUCAAUGGCGUCUCUUGUGCUGGCUGGGCGUACGUGCUGUACCUAACAGUGGCAACGGUUCUCCAGGUGCGUGAAGGUGGCGAUCACGACUGGAGCCAAGUGGCACAGAUCACGUGGGACGUCGUGUCACUGCCGCUCAAAGUGGUUCAGACGAUGGCUGUAAUGGAGAUCGUGCACGCUGCUGUGGGCUUUGUGCGCUCGCCAUUGGGCUCUACACUCAUGCAAGUGAGCUCUCGGCUCUGGCUCGUCUGGGCUAUCAACGUGCUCUGUCCCGCCUCGCGCUAUCAGUUCGGCUUCCCGCUCAUGGUGGCCAGCUGGGGCCUCGUGGAGGUGCCGCGUUACUCUUUCUACGCGCUCAAUCUAUACGAUGCAGUGCCCAACUUCCUCUUCUUUCUGCGCUAUCACCUUUUUAUGCUGCUUUACCCCUCGGGUGUGCUCGGCGAAGUGCUUUGCAUGGUGAGCUCGCUCAGCUUUCUCUCCACGGGCGUGUAUGCCAUCCAGCUGCCCAACACGCACAACAUCUCGAUCUCGCUCUACGUAGUGGUCAUCCUCGUGCUAGUGGUGUACAUCCCAGGUCUGCCCGUCAUGUACAGUCACAUGCUCACGCAGCGUAAUCGUGCUUACUCCAAGACAAAGAUCAAGACUGCAUAG